UCCUACUUAUUCCAACAUGGCGCCCAUGUUGGCACCGCUGAAUUGCUGCUUUCACAUUCAAAGACGGAAACUAGCGCUUCUCCUCCGACAGACGAGCUCGUACCACGUCUGGAAUAAGAGCGGCAGCGGGAGGGGGACCGAGUCCAAGCUCCACAGCGGCGGCCUGCUGAGUUCCCCCCCACACUUACGAACAGCGACAUGGAACACAAACGGAAGCGAAAACAGUCGACGGAUUUUGGAGGCAGCAAAACAUUUGCAGGUGACUGAGAAACGGACAUGUUGGCACGGUAGUGCUGGGGGAAGGCUGAAUGCUGAUCCCAAAAAUGUGCUGAAGGAGGUGAAUUCAGCCAAGAUCCUGUCGGCAAUGUUGACUUACGUGUGGCCAAAGGACAGACCUGACCUGCGGGCCCGUGUGGCCAUUUCUCUUGCCCUGCUCGCUGGAACCAAGAUGACCAAUGUGACGGUGCCCUUCAUGUUUAAGUAUGCAGUGGACGAGCUUAACCAGAUGUCGGGACACAUGCUGAACCUGAAUGACGCGCCAAGCACAGUGGCUACCAUGGCAACGGCCGUGCUGAUUGGCUAUGGCGUGUCACGGGCUUGUGCGGCCCUCUUCAACGAGCUGAGGAACACUGUGUUCGGCAAGGUGGCCCAGAGCUCCAUCCGCCGCAUCGCCAAGAACGUCUUCCUCCACUUGCACAAUCUGGAUCUGGGUUUUCAUCUCAGCCGCCAGACAGGAGCGCUGUCCAAGGCCAUCGACCGUGGCACACGAGGCAUCUCCUUCAUUCUCAGUGCGAUCGUCUUCAACCUAGGACCCACGAUCUUCGAGAUGGGCCUCGUCACUGCCAUUUUGUAUUACAAGUGCGGUGGGCAGUUUGCAGCAGUGGCCUUGGGUACCUUAUCAUCAUACACCCUGUUCACCAUUCUAGUCACUCAGUGGAGGACUCGCUUCCGGAUAGAGAUGAACAAAGCGGACAAUGAAGCAGGCAACACAGCUAUAGACUCCCUUCUUAACUAUGAGACUGUAAAGUACUUCAACAAUGAGAAGUAUGAAGCUGAAAGAUAUGAUGCAUUCCUGAAGGUUUAUGAGUCAUCCUCUUUAAAAACCACAUCCACGCUCGCCAUGCUCAACUUUGGCCAGAAUGCCAUCUUCAGUGUCGGCCUCACUUCCAUCAUGCUGCUGGCCAGCAACAGCAUCGCAGCAGGUACGAUGACCGUGGGAGACCUGGUGAUGGUGAACGGUCUGCUCUUCCAGCUCUCCCUCCCUCUCAACUUCCUAGGCACAGUGUACAGAGAGACCAGACAGGCUCUGAUAGACAUGAACACUCUUUUCACUCUGCUCAGCAUCGACUCCAGGAUCAAGGAAAAGGAUCUCGCCCCGGUUAUAGCCAUCACACCGCAGGAGGCCACCAUCCGAUUUGAGGACGUAUAUUUUGAAUACCUGGAGGGUCAGAAAGUGCUGAACGGAGUGUCCUUUGAGGUUCCUGCCGGGAAGAAGGUGGCCAUCGUUGGUGGCAGCGGGUCUGGGAAGAGCACCAUUGUGCGCCUGUUGUUCCGCUUCUUCGAGCCCCAGCGGGGGAACAUCUACAUAGCGGGACAGAACAUCCGAGACGUCAGCCUCGACAGCCUGAGGAAGGCUUUGGGGGUCGUGCCUCAGGACGCUGUUCUGUUCCACAACACCAUCUUCUACAACCUGCAGUACGGCAACAUCAACGCGACAGCAGAGGACGUUUACCAAGUGGCACGUCUAGCAGGCAUCCAUGACGCUAUCCUCCGCAUGCCCCAUGGCUAUGACACCCAGGUCGGGGAGCGGGGCCUCAAGCUGUCAGGAGGGGAGAAGCAACGUGUCGCCAUCGCCCGUGCGGUCCUGAAGAAUCCACCCAUUCUCCUGUAUGACGAAGCAACGUCCUCCCUUGACUCGAUCACAGAAGAGAACAUCCUGAAUUCAAUGAAGGUGAUGAUAAAGGACAGGACAUCGGUGUUCAUCGCCCACAGGCUCUCCACAAUUGUAGACGCGGAUGAGAUUAUCGUGCUCAACGAGGGUAAAGUGGCAGAGCGUGGCGACCACCUCUCCCUCCUCAGCAACCCCGGCAGCUUGUACGCAGACCUGUGGAACACCCAGAACAGCAGAAUCCUGAACGACAGCAAGAACUCGCUCAAGCCGAAGCCUGAGCGCCUGUCCCAGAAGGAGGAGGAGAGGAAAAAAUUGCAGGAGGAGAUCCUCAACGGUGUGAAGGGCUGUGGGAACUGCUCCUGUUGAGAGGAGCUGCCACCUCCACGUCUCUUCGUCCCUCACAGAUGGCCUAUGCUGGAAUCCCUGGUCUGUGCGGUAUUAGGAAGGGGGGGGGGGGCUACGUCCCCACAACCCACUCCCAACUCCAGCCAAGCAUCCACCCAUGUGACUAUACCUCCCCCUCCUCAUGUGAGUAAAGGCCAGUGCUCGCCAAAGUGAAGGAGGAGGAGCAGAACAGGGAGCAAGUGUGUUUAGCACUGGCUGGUGUCCAGAGAACGAGCCUUUAUGCCAGUUGCCUCAGCUGAGCCAAGCAUAAGAGACCUUGUAUAUCACAUACGUGUGUGUAAGACAUCUGUUAGUCAACAUGGUUGCCCCCCCCCCUUUCCUCCUCAUUUUUGACAUCAGGUUUAUUGACAUCUUCCAUCGCACUGGAAACGGAUGAGAGCACACGUUAUGAUGUACAUAUGCCUUGAUUUGUAUUAAUUACGUUUUUAAAUUAUUUUCAAAAUAAACUGAAUAGUUUGCUUUUUAUAUUAAUGAUGUGUACAUAUAGAAAUGUGCUCUGCCACCGGGUUAGAAUACAGAAUAACAGAGGUUGUUUGAUAAACAGCAUUUCAGAAAGCCGAUACCUCAGCGCUGUUUAGUCAUAAUGCACAUUGCCCAUUAUAUUGUUCUAAAAAUACCAACUUUGGCAGAUAAUCAAGUCUUCCAGACAAAUCGCAUCAUAAUAUGGAUGUUUGGACGCGUGAACAUGCAAAACAGCUCCCCAGUGAAUUAGCAAUAUGUCACAGUCGCAUUCAUGUAAAUAUACCACUCUGAGAAUAACAAGUGGAAUCUCUAAUAAAUCAUGAAUGGAUUUCAUCACACUGCAGCCACAUUAAGAGGCAACGACUUGAAAGCCUCCUCUGGGAACAUUCCACAGUCAUAUCAUUUAGCCUUGGCAGACGGGCCGCCUCGUAAGAAAAGUUAUGUUUGAGAUUUUAACCGUGACAGCGUUUUGGAUUGUUUCGUCAGAAUACAAAGACCUCCUCUUGGAGGGGAAAUGUAAAUGUUAAUAUUUAAACACUGAAACUACACAUUUGUCCUCAUUUUUUGAGGGAAAUGCACAUUUUGAUGGGAACCUUGCUACGGGGUUGUAUCUAUCAUCUGAACAUUUUUAAUUUGGGACUUGUACGAUACACACAAUGUAAAACCUGUGUCUUUGUGUUGUUGACUGUAUGAGUACACUGCAGACGCAUCAAUAAAUGUUGGCAUUCGGCUAAAGAAACAAGCUUUCCACAUG